UUUUCAUUGUACUAAUGAACUCAAAAUCGUUAACUUUUUUUUAACUUUUUUUUCAGACUUUUUUUUAUUUUCCCGCAUCUGCGCAGAAAUCUUUUCCGGUAUCGUUUUGGCUCGGGACUUUAGUAAAAUGUUAUGGGGACGUACCUUACAUCAGUAAGCAAAUCAAUAAAACUACUAAAAAUCAAAAUAAAAAAUCAAUAAACUAAUGAAAUCAUUAUCGUAAACGUUUUUCGAACUUUUUCAAACAGUUGCAUUUCCCCCUGGCGGACGCUGCAAUAUAUGUCAUACGAUUUCCCGAAAAUUAGUAUGUAUGAUUACCGGAAAGAGUAUGGACGACAACACAAUAACAAUAACAUUUGUAUUCUUAUAAUGUCCUUUUUAUAAUUCAUGGUUGACUUUGCUUUAAUGUUGUUGUUUUUUCGUUAUACUUUUAACAAAAAGACAUGCAGAUUCAAAGUUGUAUGAAGUCAUAUAAUGGUGAUCGCUAUGAUUAAGGAUCAUUGUGACACGUUGGUUUUGGUACAGAUCUGUUCCUUACAACUCGAUGCUUCAUAGCAACACGUCUUUUCGUUUACAUUAAAAUAGCAGAGUUUUCAGUCUUUUUAACCAUUUAAAUAUACAUUCUUUUAAGGUAGAUCGGGUGUUUAAAUUUUCGCGCCUUCUGCGCAACAUGCUGCGCAUAGUGUUGUAAACUGUCGUAAAAUUUUAUGAAAGUAAUAUUUUAACUUUUUUUUUUAUAUCUGUGAAAAUUAUCAGAAACGCUUUUAAAAUCGUAUUUUAUAAACUCAAUUAUCAAACAAAUAAUCUCAUUUCAGUUUGAUUGCUGCAAAUUGUUUACUUCCGUCAUGGCGACCUGCACAACAUGGUGAACAAUGGAAAAAAAUGAAAAAGAAACUGUGAUCGUGAUAAAGUGGACUGCUUUUUAUAAAUACUGUGAUGUAGAUCUGUAAAUUAACAAUAUGAUCUUCGUCCUGGUGGCUUAUGAAGCAAUCCCACACAGAUUCUGCACAAAAAGUAGACGACAGAAAAAAUGGGAGGAAUGCUCCAUGCUGGUAUUGGGGAAACCCAGCUUAACAAUCUGCUUUCAACGAUGAAUGUACACUGUAUAGACACUAAAUCUUUGAAAGCCAGAGAACAUGAAGUUGGCCAAGUAUUGGAGAAUCAUGCAAAAGAAUCUGAGCAUAAAUACUUACUAGAAGAAGCAAUUGGGUGUUUAAAUAUUAACACAGAAAAUGAAGAAGGAAAAGGAAUCACAGUAUCAACAGACACCUGCUGGCAAAAGAAGGGUUCUGGAAGGGCAUAUAACAGUUUGUCAGGCAUGCCUUUAACUGAGUUUAAUCCAACAAGAACAAAGUUCAACAAAUAA